AUGUUGCCGUUAUUUUCGGAUGUGGUGGUUGUGUUCAAGAGUGAUGUUUUGGAUGUGGUUGGUUUAUUUGAGUCGUGGUGGCGAGCGUUGGUGCUGCUCGCUAGGCUGUUCCUAUGCUGCUGCAGGCUACUCAACCAAGUCAUAUAUGAGUUAAAGGUGCCUAAGGUCAUGAUGGCGCCCAGUGUGUUCCAGAGAACCAAAUCGCCGCGAUCCUCGCCAGGGAAUAUACCUAGGAAGCUACAGAACGGCACAGCAUCGGUUCAGUCGACCGCAGACUCCAGCCCGGGGAACUCGAUCUCUGACGCUGAGAACUAUGAAUGCUAUGGGGAAGCUGAUGGGGAAGCCGCGCCCGCUGCGACGUUGGAAAACGGCCAUAGAAGUCCCGGGAAUCAAUUGAACAGACAUUCAUGGACCAGGACCAGUCUAAGAAGAACCCCACCAAGUUCCGGAAAGCGUCAAAUAGGCUCCAAUGUCUUAGCCAGCCAAUUGUAUCGGUCGUCGUCCUUCAACUCGUCUGGCUGCGGGUCGGGGGGCGAGCCGGCUGACGACAUGUACUCCGAUGUAUCACUUGAAGAAGAUGUACAAGGACUCAAUUAUAAGUCCGGGUUUUUCACUCGCUCCAGAGAUAUGGGUGAAUCAAUUGAUGUUGAGGAUAGUUUGGAAUUGGAGUAUGAUAUGUGGGACGGUCAGUUCGACUUCGUUGGACCUCAGGAGACUCCUAUACGUGAUCGAAUCACUUCAGACACGAGUGUCCCCGAAGACCUGUUCACCGGUGGACCACUCACACCACAUCUGACCAACGGUGUCAACGGCGGUAAAAAGACACCAGCACAUCAAUGGUGCGACAACCUCUCAGACCAACUUCAACUUCUACAACAGCAAGUGACUUCACUAGCGGACACCCAGAGCACCGCUGACGAGAGGUACGCCAGAGCUAAAGCUGAGAACGCCGUGCUGCAAUCCAGAGUACACAUGCUCGACGAACAGAUAAGAGAGAUCGAAUGCAGAUGCGAGGAACGCAUAUCAGAAGAACAGCGUCGCUGUAGAGAAGCUAUUUCACGCGUGGAGAGGGACAGGGAAGCUCAACUAGCGGCCCUCACAGACAGACUGGCCGCCGCUGAGGCUGAAGCAUCACACCUUAAACAAGAGGUCGGUCGUUUGCGUGGUGUAGCUGAAACUCUCCGUGCUAACUCCGAAAGCAGUGCUCGUGUAGCUCGAGAGGCACAAGAAGCUGCUAGCGAACUAUCAGCUCAGCUGAGUGCUGCUAGAGAUGCUGAGAGGAAGGAGAGGGAUGCUGCGGAGAUAGCACGAGGAGAACUGGCGAGACUUAAAGAAGAGAUACAAGACAUGAGACAAGUGGCGCCCCCACCACCCGACCCGAGGAUACGGGAACUAACUAUGGAAUUAGAGCUGCUACGGACACAGAACAAAUCGCUAACUGAAACCCAAGAGGAGCUUCAAGCACAGAUCCUCACGCGUGGUGUUGAAGAAGGCAGGAGUUUGUUAGACGGAGUUAGCGGACCCUUAGUAGCGACUAACUCACUGGCACACGAACUAUCACAGAUGUCUGACCAUGAGUUGCAGAAAGCCUUAAAAGAGCAACAAGAUGUUAACGUACAAUUGAGAAAUUAUAUAGAUGGAAUUCUGUUAUCGAUUGUAGAAAACUACCCUCAACUGCUCGAAGUCAAAUAUCAACAGAAACCGGAAAUGAAGUCAUAA